UACUGAUUGGGUGGCACUCUGCUUGCAGGGAGAGUGAACAGGAGGGAGGAGAACAUGAAUGUAUGUGUUGAGUUUGUGAGUGCUGGUGCUGGUUAGUUGUUGCCUUCUCCUCCUUUUGAGGGGCACUUCAAUCUGAAUGUCAGUCUUCCAUCUUUUGAAAUCAUACAUGAAGUCAGGUCUGUGUUUUCAAACGAGUUGUCACAGCAUUAAGAGAGGCACCAAGCUGCAGGACUGCCCUUGGUCCUGCAGCAGCUUAUCCUGCCUGGUUUGCAGUCAGCUUCCAGCCUUCCUUCAGGCUCUUCAAACUCAUUGUUGUCCUGAUAGGAAACCCUUGGCUGGAGCUGUCUCCAGAAGGUUGUUGAGCUUUCCUCUUCUCUAUGCAUACUGUUGCAUGCUCUUAUGGGAAAAUAGAGAAUAAAGGGUUCUCUUAUGGGUUGAUUUGCACCAUUUAGCCCAUACAUGGUGAGAGUUCUCAGGUGGGAAAUGGUUGUGAACAUAUUUUCCAAGAGACAGAAGACGGGCUGUGGGGAGAAGUGUCAGCAGGAGAUAUGGCUGGAACUUCAACCAUUUUGAUUUUUUUUCCAAAAGAGUGACUUCAAUUAGUUAGGAGGAUAAAGAAAAUACAACCAGCACCUCUUGAGAGGAAAAGCUGGAGGGAUUUCCCUUCCAGCCAAGUAACUCUUUACUGUGCUUAUUUUGAAAGGGAAGAGGAACAUACUAAGUUUCCAGUGCCUCUUCUUCAGAGGUCGGAAGUCUAAGCUCUGAGUUGUAACAUUCAUGAGAAUAAACUGGAGCCUUUUAACAAAGCCAUUUCACUCCUGCUCCUUAUGUGAGCAGCCACAGUGUAGCAGCACCUCUGUCUACAGCACUGGGACUGUCAGGAUGAGGAUUCCGUAGCUUUAAGAUAAAAAUACAUUGCAGAUGGUAAUCCAUUAUGAAAGCCAAGAUAUUUUUGGGGGGAGCACUUUCUAACAUGGCUGAUAGUAAAGCCCAAAUAAUGGAAGAGAAAAAUCCAGAGCUUAUCCUGUUUCAGUUUUAAUUGAUUUGAAAAUGUUGCUUGUUCCCAUGUUCUGGCCAGGUAAUGCUGUCACACAAUCUGAAAUGGAUUUGGGAUCAGCAGGAAGUGACAGCACAAGCUAAGAAGUUUCCACACAACAUCUGCCAUACAAACAAAUCAAUUGCACAAAGCCCACAUUUCUUCCAUCACUGGUCUUUCUGGAAAUUAAAAUAUCAACAUGAAUGAUGAUAGAUUUUUGCAAAAUCAUGUGUCCACUGAAGUUUCAAUUAGCAGAACGAUUGCCAAGUGCUGGUUGGAAUGAAGCAUAGGGAAGACAGAACCUUAGAAGGUAUUUAUGGUCCUUUCAACUCAAAUUCAAUUUCAUUUCAAAUUACAAUUCAAUUUCAAAUGUCCUUUAGGCAUUUUCUGUAUUCAGAUAAGAAUUUUUAAAUCAUGAAGAAAAUACCGUUACAUUCCCUAUGUAGUAUCCAUACUAAUAUGACUUGGAAUUAUUUGAUUUAAUUUUCUUAAGUAAAAUCUCAAAUUCAUGUCAGUUCCUAUAGCCAGGGACUUCAAUGCCUCUGAGAAUUUGCCAUGUUGCUUCUGGUUCCUCCUGGCAUGGGCUGCUUGGUCUUUGCUGUCACGUAUCAACAAUCUUAACAUGAUUUUUAAGGACCACUACGUUUGGGGCACUUUUCUACAUAUGAUAAUGCAAUAAGUCAGAAGGAACACAAAGGAAGAGUAUACUGAAAAAUACCCAGACCGUGAAGCAACAGAACACAGCAGUUCUUUCAAAAGGAGAAAAACCAAACCAAAACAGGAGGGAGGGAAUAAAAUGUCAGUUUAGGCAAUAAAAUGUAUUUUAUUCUCUGUUUACUAUUAUACAGUGGUAAUAAAUUCAAACCAACAGGGAAACCUUAGCUUGGAUUCAGAAGAAUACUGACAAAACUUAGUAGAAUGCUACAAACUUUUCUGUAGCUUGAGUGUAGUCAUUUCUAUUCCCUGAGACAAUCUGGCUCUGCAGCUUUUCCCAUUGAUGUAAUAUAUUAAAUGAUUCCAUAGAUUAAAUUCCCUUCUGCUCAGGGUACCUGCAUCCCAAGUAUCACAUAGGGACACACAGAAGACAGUUCAGACUUGUGUCUUUAAUGUCAUCUGAAAGUAUAUUGAUUUUAUUGGCUGCUUAGGGACAAUUCUAUUCCUUCACGCCCUUUCCUCUUUUUUCUGAUAUUCAUGUGAGCAGUUCACUUUCACGUUUGCAUUACAUGUCAAGGUCUGGGGGAUCAGCUCUUGCUGUCCUGGGAGAAUGACUGAGUAGGCUGGAGGCUUCUGCUGGGUAGGACUCUGAAUGGGGGAUGAAUGAGGCUUUCAGAGUUACUGCAGAGGGGCUCACUUAAGCCAACAGGCUUCCUCUAGGAUAAAGAGAAGACACAAUCUACAAGAAAGGGACAAACUUAAAAGUACAGAACACUCAUUAGCUCAUAUGUGGUAGUGAGAUGAAAGAGCCUGGUUUUCUCCAGUGUUUUAGCUUUGCUGGUAACAUGCAGUUUUCAGACUGCAGCCAAGCAAUGCUCAAAGUGGGCAGGAAAAAUUAUAUUUUUCUGCAGACACUGCAGAGCUGUUCUGGAGUCCUUUGCCUCUUCGGCAGCAGGUUGCAUGUGGCAAGGACAGAAAUCUGUUAGAUGGGGUGAAAUUCACCUGAGCAUGAAAGCAAGGCAAUUGCUUGUCUCUUGUUGCAGCCCUGCUCUUCUCUAAAUGGUACUCACUAUGGAAGUCUUAGGCAGUGUCUUGCUGCAGAAAUGGGCCUCUAUUUACAUCUGGUACUUUGUGCCAAAUGGUCUAUGUUAAAGCAAUGAGGUGAGUUUGUUGUCCUUCGAGGGACAAUUUAAUUUCUGUUGUUAUAAUGAAUGCUACCCUUUGCAAUUGCUAACUCUGCCAUGUUCAGAGCAAGGUGCUGGUCUUUAAUACCACUUUGAAGGCCCUGCCUGUGAGAAUGUAAGAAGGUUUUGUCAAAUGGUUUUAUGCACAAAGGAGCUUCUUCUCAAAGGAAGCCUCUGAAGUAAAUGACAUGUUAUUAUUCACAGGAGCUAAAAAGUGCAGUGAACUAAAGAUAUGUAUGCAGGUAGCAAACAAAUAAACAAGCUGUGCCCUAGAAAACAAGCUGUGCUCUAGUAUCCUUGGAAAAAUUGAAUAAAUAAAAGGCACAGUCCUUGGAAAAUACUGUGCUCCUGCCACUGCCACAUGUGCAGUGAAACAUAGAUAUAUUUACAAUUUGAAAGACAGGUAAGAGUCAAUAGGUAAAAAAAUUCCUUAAAACAGAUGUUGUAACAUCCAUGUCUAUCUCUCAGGCAGUAGGUCUUGAAGGCUGUAUGACCAGACACUUCUAGCUCCAUCUGAGGCUGGGAACUGAAAGAACAUGUGUUCACCAAAGGAGAAAAAUGUAUUGGGCCAUGGUGUUUUCUAUCUUUUUCUCAAAUUUCUUGCCCCCAGAUGGCUGCUAACUUUAUAUCAUUUGCAGCCAAGGAUCCUCCCACAAGGAGCAGGAACAGAGCCCAAACUGAUCUCAUCCAAGUGGGGCUUGGUUCUAUCCCCAAACUGAUUGAUGCCUAUGCUAAACUCAGGUGAGCCUUCCCAGCAUGCGAAAUUCCCCAUGCAGUUUCGCUCCAAGGCCUUAAUGAAAGCUGCAGCGCUGCCUGUGAUUAGAGUCCCUUGCCUGUUCUCUUUUGAAACAUUUAAUCCCAAACUGAGGCUAUUUGGCUAGAUCAGUAAAUUCAGUUUAGAAAUGCCCAGAGGUGAAACCAUUAGUAACGAGACAAUGAUCCAUUCCUUAUAAAAAUCUGAUCCCUCAGAGGCAUAGCCUGGAGAAGUUUGUUUGCUUUCAUGGAUGUUUGCUUGCUUGGAUGGCUUUCUAGCCAGCUGUUGAGAUGACUGCCAGUAAAGUACUCUUGGUGGCACGUAAACCUGUGGGAGGAUGGAUUGUAGAAGAAAAAGAGAUAGUGCUGAAGGCAAUCUCACCCCUGAGGAGUUGCAGCUGUACUAAUUACCAAGAAUUAGGAACAGGCCUGCCCUUAAUAGGCCACAGCUGUGUCCAAUUAGGAUGGGUGCUAUAAAAGAGUGGGGCAGCUGGGCAGAAGCAGAGUUGGAGGUUGUGCUGGGUGAGGGAAGGGCUGAGUGGCUGUGAAGAAGAACGAGAAAAGGAGUCAGUGUUUGAGGAGCUGCUCAUGAGGACUUACAGAGAAGGUAUGAAGGUUUUACAGUAAGGUUACAACAUAAGCCAUUAUGGUGCCAAAUAUGUAUGAAACUUAUUACCUCUAAAGUUGUCUAAGAAGUUCUCUACCAACCUAGCAAUGCCAUGUCAUAAGAUAAUUUGAAAGGAAUGCCUAAAAAAUUGUGUGACUAGGGUGGUAAUGUGAAAAAGCUGUUCAGAUUAGUGAUGUGUGUACUGCCUGCAUGAAAGCUGCUAAUGAAGUUCUGGGUGCUUCAGGGGCUGCUGGUGCCAAGUGGCUGUUUAAAUCCAUUCAGCAAGAGUGUGUUCUUGUCUGUGUGGCAACACACGUGUGUGAAAGAACCUGUCCCUCACAAAAGCAUGAGAGAGAAGCACUUUUGGAGAGAGACUUUAGGCAAAGGGCAGAUGAGGAGCAGCAGCCCUCUUGCAUCUUUCAAAGCUCCCUCCUGGGCUGGUGUUUUAAAGAGGGUAGUUAAUACAUGUCUUUAGAGGAUGGUAUGAGAGAGCAGGGGUAUUUUUAAAAGAGUAAGACUUUGUUGUGAGUGUCCACAUGAUGAACUAAACUAAGAAAAAAUGGUCUUCCUGUUAGGUAGUGGCUUGCUUUUGCUGAUGUUUUCUCUCACAAAAUAGAAUGCCUUUUGUAUGUAAACAAUGUGAUUUAGUCUUGCAGAGAUUGUUUAUGGAUAGGGAAGACAUUCCUGAACAGAGAAGAAAUAAAAGAAAGCAGAGAUUUUAACUUGUUGGUUAAAACAGCCUUGGUGCACAAACACUGUUAGCAAAAAAGUACGUGGGGAUUGUCUUGAGCAGGUGUCCUUCUGGAUCUGCAUUCGCAUCUUAAAAAACUUGGUAUAAAAAAUGCACUUGCUGUUUGUUGGUUUUUCUUUAAACAUCCUGAUUGCUUUUUGAUGACACUGUACAAACACACGGUUAGAAUCAAGUGCUAGAAAUAGCUUCCUAGAACUCAAAUUGAUUUUUUAGAUAAGAAAUAAACAUGUGCAUGUGUGCAAGUCAUGCAUGCAUCCAGGCAGAACUAGUUAUUUUUAUUCUUCUAGAUGAAAUUGUCUGUAAAAACAUGAGGUGCUAUUUAUUGUUACCAUAAUUUUAAUUUAAAAUUCACUUCAGUGACAUGAAGUGUUGUCUUAGCUCAUUUAACAGGCUGUGAAAUGGUUAGAAGGAUGAUAGAAAUGUCUGACAAACCAACCUCAGGUAAAAUGUAGUUACUCAUAUUUGCUACUCAACCCCUGAUUUUUUUGUAAUGAUGAGUAAAAAUGGGUCAUCUUAUUAGGCAAAAAAUAUUAACAUUAGCAAGAAAUGUUUCCAUCUCACAUUGAGGAGAACACAUGCACAGCCCAGUUGCAACCCCUCCCCAUGGUUUGACUUUGAGGGGAACUGGAGUAGGGGGAAAAGGCAGCUGGGCUGGUUUCCUUCAGUGCAGCUGUAGUAAGCUUGAAGAGAGGGUGCUGCCCAUCACCUCAGCCAUGGGGUGUCUGCAGGGUCCUUUGCAGCAAGCUUCUCCCCUGGAUCCUUCUACCCUAAGGAAUGAUAUCCUAGUCCCUCCUACACAUAAAUGGACAAUUUCCAUCCAACACCACAGUGUUUCCACAAAAAAGCAUCACCUGUAUAAAAGAUGUAGUCUGGCUCUGGGCUUGUGCCCUAGGAGCAGCCUUACAUCCUUUUUGGGGUCCCAGUAUUGGCUGUAAUGUACAAGUACUUUUUGCUUCAUUAUGGCUCUUUUGAGGUUUCAAGGAGGCAAGUUAUUUCAGUGGUAUUGCAUUCUGAGGGGCAGAGGAAGAGACUGGAUUUAGGGAGAAGUUUGGUGGAAGCACAGCAACUAGGGAUGCUGAGAAUAGAAAAAAUAUCUGGCAGUUCUAAAAACUUAAAUCCUUUUAUUCCUAUGGAUGUAUUUCUUUAAUCUAAGCACUUGAGUGGAUGAACUGUUCAAUAUUUAUUCAGGGUCUAUUUCUGUAAAAAACAGGACAUAAUUUGCAAGCCAGAUUUUCCUUAAAGACCAGUGGCUUAAAACCUCUGAUAGAAAUUUCCAGCCAGAAAUAGUUAUUAUGUUGCACACAUCAAUAAAUUUAUUGAUCAUAAUGAGACUUUUUUUUUUUUUUGCUGUGCUAUUUUCAUGAAAUAACAUUUACCUUAAUACUUCUUGCUUUGGCUCACUCUUUCUUGGCCUGAUCUGUAUGACAAAUGCCCAUUUAUGCAGCUGGAACCCAACUCAGGACAGAAAAAUGCAGAAAAACUACAGCUUUGUGGCAAGGCAGGAAAAACUAAAGAGCUGUAGAUGGUCAUAGCCCCAAGUGUGACUGGGAAAACUAUUGAGACAAACCAAUUUUGUACAAAUGAGAAACAUUUCUUAUAGCAAAGUGAGUUUGCAGUGAAGUAUAGAUCCCUAUCCAUGCUCCUUUGGAUAUCCUCCCUGAGACUGGAUCAAAACAAUCCAAAUAGUGUGUGAAAUGCAAAGAAGUUAAUUUAUACUGGGCUACUGUGCCUCAGUUAUUGUGCCAGCUGUCACCUCGAUGUGCAGUGCUAAGGGUGAGUCACUAUUUACUUCCUUAGCAAUGCUGCAGUGCAGGGGGAACUUGAGUGCAGCUGGCUGCACAGAGGGCAGCUAAAGCUGUUUGGCCUCCAGAGCACAUUGCUUUGUUGGGUUUCUCUCCCUAGGUACCUAUAUUCCAGUACUUGCAAAAAUCAGACCAAACUACAAACUCACUUCAGAUGGAGAUUCUUUCCAAGGAUUGUGUUCUGCAGAGAUAUUCUGCAUUGUUUGGGAAAAACUAAGAGGCCAUCUGCAAAUACUUAGCCUGGAUCUACCUUCAGGAAAAAAAAAGCCAAUCCCAAGAGCUAACUGGAGAAUUGCUCCUUUUACCUGGGUGGCUGCUAUCAGAAGUGGGCUUACAUCUGCUCUCACAGCAAUAGGUGGAAAUCCUCUGUCUAUCAAAAGGAAGAUGAUUUUCUGACAUUAUUUUCUCAUAUAGGAGUUUAUCUUUAGAUUUUUUGUUCUCAGUGCACUUAUUCCCCUUUCAGGUUCAAAGUGGCAAUCCAUUAAAUGAUCCAGUGACUUCUCACUUGCCUGUGCAAGAUCAAUUGAGAAGAAUCCUAACAGGCCUAACCCUGAAACCAGAACGCAGAAUGCCCAGUUAGAUUCUCCUGUGACACAAACUAGUGACUUCACCAGCACGCUGCCUAGCAAACAUUUGUCUGCAGCUGUCUCAGAUGAAUAUUUUAUACACCAAAUGCUACCUGCAGUAAAUGUCCAAGAACUCAUGACAUCAGGACGCUCUAACCAACAGAGGAAUCCUGGUAAAAGGCAUGGACUACAUGUUGCCUUUCUGCUCAGCUAAGAGAGUGUAAAGACUUUCAACUGACCUCAGCAGAAAUGAAGAGAUGAGUCACUGAGGCUGCAGUAAGUGGUCAGGAAUGUGACACCCAAGAGAAGCUCAACUUUGAGGUCCGCAUGCGAGAAGGCAUCUGCAAGCUGCUGGCGGUGAGCACGCAGAAGGAGCAGCUCCUGCGCGCCGUCAAGAGCCUGCUGGUUUGCAAUGCUCGCAUCCGGGCCUACGGGGCACAGCUGCAGCGCCAAAAGGAGCAGCCCAGCCCGGGCAGCCCUGCAGAGCAGUCUUCGGAAAAUGGGACAAAAGACCGGAUGGCAUGCAGAGCAAAGGUUGCUAUAUCAGAUAUUCGAAUACCAUUAAUGUGGAAAGGCUCUGACCACUUCAGCAAAAAAGAAAAAUCCCAGCGCUACGCAGUGUUUUGUUUGUUCAGCCUGGGAGCGGAGGUUUUUGAUACUGAGGUGACUAUUGUGGAUGAAGCAAUAACAGAUAUCUGUUUUGAAAAUGUAACCAUAUUUGAUGAAGCAAGCCCAGAUUUCCAGGUGAAGGUUGAAGUGUAUAGCUGCUGUACAGAGGAGUCUUUAUAUAUAACAAACACUCCCAAGAAACUGGCAAAGAAACUUAAAACAUCCCUCAGCAAAGCUACAGGGAAGAAACUCAAAGCUGCGCUGGAGGAAGACAGCACUGAACCCCUUCUGCCUGCUGACCCAGUCAUCCCUGGAGUGAAGUACAGUUUGCUAGCAUACACCACUCUGGGACUGGAAAGUGCUGAGGACAAUUUCAGGACCCACAGCCUUACCAUUACAGGAAAUGAGGAAUCCUCUUUCUGGCUACCCCUGUAUGGAAACAUGUGUUGCCGUUUAGUUGUCCAGCCCUCCUGCAUGGUCAGGGAUAUGAUGGCAGGAUUUCUAAAUCAGCAGCAAAUGGUAGGAGGUCUGACAAGCUGGAGGAGGCUGUAUUGCGUACUGAGAGGUGGCAAACUCCUUUGUUAUUACUCACCAGAAGAAAUUGAGGCUAAAGUGGAGCCAGCAUUGACAGUUUCCAUCAACAAGGAAACCAGGAUUCGAGCUGUGGAUAAGGACUGCAAGAGAAGAGCUAAUAACUUCUCUGUUAUCAACCCCGUGUCUGGAGAGGGUGUGGCACAACGUUUUGCCACUGACAGUAGGGAUGAACUUCAUCAGUGGAUGGAGGCUUUCUGGCAGCACUUCUAUGAUCUGAGCCAGUGGAAGCAUUGUUGUGAGGAACUUAUGAAAAUUGAGAUUAUGUCACCACGGAAACCACCUUUGUUCUUGACAAAGGAAGCGACCUCCGUCUACCAUGAUAUGAGCAUUGAUUCUCCAGUGAAACCUGAGGGCUUAGCUGAUAUCAUACAUAGGAAAAUUGAAGAGAGCGACGGUGAGUUCCUUCUUGGCCAGCAAAAAGAGUCUGCAUCUGCCCUAUGGGCGUCACUCUUUGAUGGAUCUCAUCAGAUGACUGUUCAGAAAAACAUGCAUCUGGACCCAAAAAGAGAUCCUACAAGUCCUAAUGACAGCAGAGGAAAGAAAAGAAGAGCUCCGCCUCCACCCUCUGACAAGUUACCGUACAGUGCAGAAGCACAGGUGAUCACAGAGCAGCUGGGCAAGGAAAACUGGAGGAAGCCUGACCACACACCUGCCAGCAGCUCUUCCUGUGAGUCAGUGUUAGCUACGAAAAUGCAGCAGCUGCAAACCCCCAUUGCUCCUCCUCGCAAAAUUGGUCUUUGUGGAAAAAGUGGUUUAGCUGGCUCGGGGAAUCCUAUUUCUCUGGUGAGCAAGACCAAGUCUGAAAUCACACCAGUCCCAACCCUUAGACAGAAAGGCAUCACAGAAAUACUAGACCCUAGGUCCUGGUUGCAUCCAUAGGCAUCAAAUUUAGCUUGGAGGAGUCUUUGGAAUUUAAAGUUUCUCAGCCUUCUGCUAAUACUCUUCAUUAAAAGUGGAUUUCAGCAUUUAGCUCAAGUGUUUCCUGUGAGCCAGGGCAUUACUGCUAGCUGCAGUCUCAGCUGUAUUCAUUAGUGCUCUAUCUAAAUCAUUGCACUGGAAUGGGGGGUGUUUCUGUCUGGAGUUACGGUGCUAUUUCUGAAAACAACAGUUCGGUACUUUCCUCUCGAAAAAACCACCGUGUUCAGGGUAACCUCAGCUGUCCCCACAGCAGGGAUGUUACCAGUGCCUUCUACCAGUCCCUCAGCUUAGCUCAUGCACAGCUCCUCAGACUACUAAAGUGGGAAUCCACACAUACUCAGCACAGAUCCUGCAAAGCUGAUUUUCUUGGGCUGCAUGCUUGCUGCAUCCUCUCUCUCCCUUGCUGUUUAGGAAACACUGCUUAUAUGGUAAUCAAGUAUGAAAAGCUUUUGUGCUGUUCUGAAUGGCUCUGUAACUCCAAACGAAUUUCUGAGACAGUUCUGUCAAUUCUAUGGGAUUUCCCAAGUUCCUGCUGGUUCAUGUGCAAUUGCAAUGGACCAGGUUUAUCUGUCUUUGAGCAAGGAUAUGAUCCAUCGCUGCUGUUUUAUUUUGGGCUAAGACAAGCAUUUAAAACAGUUUCCUGGAUAUGUGCACGUGCUCAUCUUACGGUUGUUUUUCCUGACAAAUGCGGGUCUGUAACACAGCUCCUCCUUUGUGGAGCCUCUCAGCUGCGCCUGCUAGGGAGCUGGUUUGCAAACAGGCGUUGAACAGGCAGUGUAACUGGUAAGCAAAUGGUUUUUUCAUCACUUGUUCUUUUUGCAAUGGCAGAGAAUAAGCCCUUCAGGUGAAGACAUUGAACUUUGAUAUUCUUUCCUCAGACUGUUCCCCAGUUCUGCAGGGAGUAUGGGUUGUUAGGGUUCCUGUGGCACCUGCAAAACAUCUACUGCGCAAGAAAAAGCUGCGUUCUCUUGGAUCCACAGCUUAAACACCCAGCCAUUUCCUUGGUUGAUGCAUUUGUCUCAGAUGCUGAAACUCAUCCAAGGGCAAAGGUCUGCUUGCAGUUCUCCCUCUGGAGACUUGGUGCUCAGACCUGUGGGUCAUAUCAGCAACUGUAUACAUACAGUUCAUUAUAUAUUAUUUUUUUCCCAAAAUGUGGAUGGCUCUGGGAGCUUUACCAUUUCUCCAUAAGAUACUGUGGGCAUGGUUGGUUGGUUGUUUUAUUUUAUUUAAUUUUUUGUCUUCAGCUAAGCUCUUGGCUCCACAGUUGUAAAGGUAUCUGCUGAAUUCCCUCAGUAGUUCAUUUGGGAUGGGGUUGAGAGGAAGGUUUCAUUUACAAAUCCUUUUGCAGGAUUAGAGCCCUUUGUUCUAGAAUGUCCUUGUUCAUUCUUCAUUUAAUCACGUUCCAUUUUCCCUCUGAAACAACCAUAAUCAUUCUUACAAUAAAUCAUGCUGUUACUUAAGUGGAGGGUUUGUGAAUGGCUUAUAAA